GCUGUGUAACUGGAGAUGACAGAAACUACACCUCCCAAAUAACAUUGCGAUUAAUUGCUUCUCUAGUUUCACGGAGUAUAGCUAGUUCACUACUUAAAAAUACUAUUUAAUGAUUAACUUUAUUUAUAAACAAAUACUUAUCCGAUAUCAUGGCGGAAUCUGCAGCCUGUCCUGCAUUCCAGCUUGGAAAACCACGAUAUGAUCAGAGUUCAUUUCUUGGCCGGCUGAAACACUUUGUAGAGAUCAUUGACCCCAGCACACUCUUUGUGUCUGAGAGACGAUUGACAGAAUGCAUUAAGCUCCUGGAUGAAUUUAAACACGGAAAACUACCACCGGGAGUUUCUGAUCUACAGCUAUGGGAAGCCCAAAAGGUCACGCAGGCCAUCAUUCAUCCUGACACAGGAGAGAAGAUUUUCAUGCCUUUUCGAAUGUCAGGUUAUGUCCCAUUUGGAAUACCAAUUGUUGUGGGCCUUCUUCUUCCAAAUCAGACUGUGGUAUCCACCAUUUUCUGGCAGUGGCUUAACCAGAGUCACAAUGCCUGUGUCAACUACUCAAACCGCAAUGCUACUAAGGUAGUGUAUGAUGCUACCAAGCCUACACCGACAUCCACGUUUCUUCAAGGUUACUUCGGAGCUGUGACCAGUGCUGUCUCGCUUGCGGUAGGACUGAAUGUACUGAUUCAGAAAGCCAACAGGUUGAGUCCAGCGACCCGAAUGAUAAUACAGAGACUCAUCCCUUUCCCAGCUGUGGCCAGUGCCAACAUUUGCAACGUGGGCCUCAUGAGGCACAAUGAGCUGUCGGAGGGCGUCGACGUGCUGGACGAAAAUGGGAACAUAUUGGGCUCCUCAAAGAUUGCUGCCAAACAUGCAAUUAUGGAGACAGCCUUUACCAGAGUGGUCCUCCCGAUGCCAAUAUUUGUCCUUCCUCCCAUCAUUAUGUCCUACCUAGAAAAACUUCCAUUGCUGCAGAUGAAUCGGAGGCUGUUGCUGCCCAUCCACAGCCUGGUGUGUCUGGCUACCUUCAGCCUCUCCCUGCCCCUGGCCAUCAGCCUAUUCCCACAGAUGUCUCAGAUAGAGGUGUCUCAGCUUGAGCCGGAGAUCGCAAUGGCAACCGAUUGCAAGGUGGUGACCUACAACAAGGGACUGUGAUGACUGGCCCCCGAGGAGAGAGUAGAGGACAGGGCACUGAACAGAGGUGCAAAUUAGCCUCCUAUUUGACUGGCUGUAACGGACACUCCAGGUCUCUCUCUGGUGUAGGGUGAAGUUGCCCCUAGACGCUGAUCUUGGCUCAGUUUUGUAUUUUCCCACUAAUGGAUUGGGGAGGAAAAGCUUAUCCCAGAUCUGAACCUAGGGGAAACUUCACCCUGGAUCACUGUCUCCCAUAGCAUGGUAACAGCUCCAGGGACUUUUGGCUGCAUUAAAAUAGUGUAGCAUAGAUAAUGUACUGUCUUAAUCAAUGGUUUUAAUACAACACAUUCCAUGGAAUGUGAAAAUUAUGCAAAUCAGUAAGGAUUGAGGGGGGUUAACGGAACAAUAUUGUUGUCAUAUGUAAUAUGUUGUAAUAUGUUAUGAUGGAACUUUAUAAUGUAAUGCCCAUACCAUACCAGCUAUUUCGCAAUUGGUCAUGCUGAUCAACCCAAUUGUUUAAAUUUUUAUGAGAUGUUUUUAUUGUUGACCUGAAGUAAAAAAAAAAAUGUUUAAGUAAAAGAUACAAUCUAAAAUAGUUUUACAAUCACAUGAAUCAGUGUUGAGUGAUAGAUCCUGACAGACUGUUACAUACCCCUUGACUUAUUCCACAUUGUUUUGUUACAGACUGAAUUCAAAAUGGAUUAGAUAGAUUUGUUUUCUCUCACCCAUCUACACACAAUACAGAAAUAUCUAAUUUGCAUAAGUAUUCACACCCCUGAGUCAAUCACAUGUUAGAAUCACCUAUGGCAGUGAUUACAGCUGUAAGUCUCUACGAGCUUUGCACACCUGGAUCGUACAAUAUUUAUACAUUAUUUUUUAAAUUCUUCAAGCUCUGUCAAGUUGGUUGUUGAUCAUUGCUAAACAUCCAUUUAAGUCUAGCCAUAUAUUUUCAAGCCUAAUUAAGUCAAAACUGGAAGUAGGCAACUCCAGUGUAUAUUUGGCCUUGUGUUUUAGGUUAUUGUCCUGCUAAAAGGUUGUUGAUCCAUUUCUCCUAUCACAGCCAUUAAACUCUGUAACUGUUUUCAAGUCACCAUUGGCUGGCCUCAUGGUGUAAUACCUGAGCGAUUUCCUUCCUCUCCGGCAACUUAGUUAGGAAGGACGCCUGUAUCUUUGUAGUAACUGGGUGUAUUGAUACAUCAUCCAAAGUGUAAUUAUUUAUUUCACCAUGCUCAAACUGAUAUUCAAUGUUUGCUUCUUUUUUUUUUUAUUCACUGCUCGGCUGAGGGACCUUACAAUUAUCUGUAUGUGUGGGGUACAGAGAGGAGGUAGUCACUCAAAAUCAUGUUAAACACUAUUCUUGCACACAGAGUGAGCCAAUGCAACUUUAUUAUGUAACUUGUUUAGCAAAUAUUUUCUCCUGGACCUAUUUAGGCUUGCCAUAACAAAGGGGUUGAAUACUUAUUGACUCAAGACCUUUCAGAUUUUCAUUUAUAAUGAACUAGUAAAAAACUCUAAAAACAUUCCACAUUGACGUUAUAGUGUGUGUAGGCCAGUGACACAAAAUGUGGAAAAAGUCAAGGGGUGUGAAUACUUUCUGAAGUCACUGUAUAUCAAAAUAUGGCCAUCCUGUAAUCAUUCAUCUCCAUUCUACUGUUCUAUUUAAUUCUGUGUUCAUGGCAAAAUAUAUUGUCUGUAAACAUAAUCUCAAUUGAAUCCAUUUUAAAUUCAGGCUUUAACAUAACAACAUGUGGAAAUAGUCUAGGGGUGUGAAUACUUUAUGAAAGCACUGUAUAAUGUGAAAGAGCAGGCUAGGCUUUUCUGUAGGCUACUUGAGUCUGAUGUAAAGAUUACAAAGAGGCCCCUGUCCAGAAACGGCCCCUAGCCUCUACACCCCGUACUACAGGCUAUGGUUGAAUCCCAUUUCUCCUCCCUAGGAGUGCACCAUCACCAUCAUGGAUUUAAAAGCACUGGAUUGGUGUAAGAUUCCACCACUAUUAUGGGGAAUGUGCAAGUGCACACUUGGGGAGAAGGGUGGAGAAUCGGGAUGCAGCCUAGGUCUGUUUCUUGACUAGGGCCAUUCUAGGACAUUCUAGAGGAAGUCGGUUUGUGGACCAUGGUUGCUAAAAAUAAAGUUUUCUAUUCUACGUUUUA